CCCUGAGGCUGAGAAAUAGAACAGAAAGCAGACGAGACCAAUAGGAGUGAUAGUAGGUAUCUGACUGCUGUAUAGUGUGUCAAUUAACUGAAGAUGUCAUCGCUGUCAUCCCUUUUGAAUCCCUCCACAAACACAGAUACUGGAAACAAUAGUGGGGACGAGCCCGUUGUGCCAAAACAGGAGCAUGAAGAGGCUACAAGCACGUCCUACCGACCAACUUCGGUGACCGAACUGUUGAUGAGCCAGAGCAAUGUCCCUCAACGAAAGCCCGCUGCCAAGGCGUCGUCUAGAAAAUCGCCUGAGUAUCAGCAUCACAGCCAGAGUGGACCAUCGAAAGGUGAAAGUUUGCACUCCGUUCCAGUAACUCACAGAUCCCCGGAUAUAUAUGCAGGCACAAACACACCUUCUGCCAGUGCGAAGGCUGCCGGUGCCGGUUUCUCGGAAAACGUCAGGGGUUACCAAACCCUUCUAAUAAAUGCACGUUCUAGGCAUUUGAAGAAAAACGAUGGUGAGCCGUACUGGAGAAACGAAGUUCAAUUUGAAUUUCUCAUGAGAUUGCUUUUCAACCACGAUAGGGUUUUCAAAAAUCCAUACUUCAACACCAUCCACGGUUUUGACUGGCCUGAUCAUUUCAGAUAUUACAAGGAUGAAAACGGGGUUCUGCAUGCGAGCAGAGGUGAGAUGUUGACGUUUUUUGAAUUGUACCUUAUCACAUUACUCAAGUCUUCCAAGAUUUCCAAAAUACUAAAGGCAAGAUUAAUGCUGGACAUCAAUUAUGCUUUGAAUUUUGCUGUAAUUUGUUUGUUGGUCAACAUCGGUAGAUUGAAUACCACUGUUAACUUUGAUUAUGAGAUGAAAUCCCAGUUCAGAACUUAUCAUUCGAUUCCUUCUCUUCAAGUUGGCAACCAUUUCAAUAUAAUUGAAAACUACUAUCAAAUACACGAGGUAGUAGAUGAUGAGCAGAAAAAUGCAAAACAUCAAGAAGCAGCCGCAGCAGCUGCUGCGGCUGCUACUGCUGCUGCUGCUGCAAACGCCACGGAUAGUGCUGAUAACAAAAGUUACCUGAGUGCCUCUGUAAUGGCGUCACUGAACCAGUCAGUAAGAAAUGGAAGUGGCUACACCAUGUCAACUGUCAAACAACUACAAGAUACUCCUAGAAUCAAGUCAAUCCUUAAAUCUGUGAACGACUUAAGUGGUAAAAUUCCUAAAACUUUCAAAGACUUCAUUGGUGAGGUCUCGAAAGAUGGUCACAGCUUGAACAUUGUGUCGACUGUAUUUCUAAUUUGUGCUCAUGAAUACGAUAUUGGACAGGCAUUUUUCCCAUUUGACUACGACGAAUCAACUGCGCCAAGUUUGGCUAGUACAGGUUCACUUAUGAACGAUAUAUGGUUAAGGCCCAAGUUCAAACCUUCGGAUAAAGUUAGGAAAUUCUUGUGGCUGAUUUACACGUUAAUGGAAACGAAUUUGUCAGUAGCAGAAAUAAUGGCUAAUCCGUUCAAUGUCGGGAAUCAAACCCUUGUAAAAUUUGAUAACAUAAAGCUAGCCGACGAAAUUGCCGUCAUUGACCACAAGAACCCUAGAGUUGCACCAACUAUCAACGAAUUGAAAAGCAUUAUACCGAAAUGGUCAGUUGCAAGUUCCAUGGAUGUCAUUGAUCCAUUGGUCAAUGAUUUUGAUACCGCCCAAGAAGUCGAAUUUGCAGCCCAAAUGAAGCACCUUCGGGCCCAAUUUGUUGAAAACGAGACAUACAAUAACAAUGCAAGUUCCAAUUCGGUAAAUUAUGGUGACGAAGAUCCUGCGAUAAAGAAUGAAGGGGAAAGCUCGGCUAAGCCAUCAAACCUUGUUGUACGAUCUGAUGCAACGGGCAGAUCCAUUCAAGUCAAGCAACCUCAUGAACGUAAUAAAAGGGCACGUCAUGACUCUGACGAGUUUUCCCCUCAUUUCUACCAUCCAGAUAAAAAUAGAAAUUAUUCUAGGCAAAAGGUAAUGGAAUCAGCAACAAGCAGUCACGAAUUUGGUUUGAAGAGUAACGACAAGACUGAUAACUUUUUGUUCAAUGGUUCACGCUCAAAACAAGCGAGUGAUGCACUUGAUUAUAAUGACUACGAAUCUGAAUCUAUUCCAUAUGGUGCUGCAGUGGACGAUGGUAGUACAGUUUCAGAAUUUGGUGUAAUGCAUGGUCAAAGGGAUGAUAGAGAAAUAAACAAGAGUGAAUAUAAUUAUAAUUCCAGUGAUGAAGUAAAUGGAAAUGCAGAUGGAACUGACAACGAAAAUAACAGUAACCUAGAGUAUAACAAUGGCCCCACAGCUAUUGUUAAUGAGAGCACAGGAUAUUCGCUGUCUAAGGGCGUGAAGCGUCCAAACGAUGAAUCUGUUGAGUUGAGUGCUAUCGACCCAAUGGUUAUGUCAUCGUACGAGGAUAACUAUGAAGAUGGCGGUUUGAUUGGAUUCUUCAACUAUGGUUAUGCAGGGCCUGUUGUGAAUGAGUACAGACAGGCUGAAGAUGGCUCAAUGCUUUUGACAAGCUGUGUCAAAAAGCGUAAGACUAGAAAGCAAUUCACCGUUGAACCACCAAUCAAAACUACAGUCAAUAAGAUUGAGGCCUUUUUGAAUAAAGACAACAAAAGCGUCAACUCUAACUCCAAAAAUGCGAUGGUGAAAAGAGAGAAGAAUAGAAUGACGGCCGAGUUCAUCUAUGAGCUAAUCAAGUUCAAGCAAUCACAAGCAAAAUCCAUCAGGCUCAGCGAAGGCAACUGGAGGCAUUUUACAAAACACUUGUGGGAUCUAAAUAUGUUUGUCGAAAAAGAGCAAAGAAGUCUACAUUCAAACUACGCUGAUUGGGGAGAGUUUAAAACUACUUUGAUGAAAGUGUUCAAUAAGAUCAACUGUGUCAUGAACGCAAGAAUAAGGAUGGACAAGAUCAUGACUGAUAGCAGUGGAAACACUGGAGUAUCAGUCAAGAAAAAAGCUCCUGUGAAUGAAACUAUCAAGGAUAACGCAAGUUUCAUUGAUGAUAUAUUCUCCCAACUAUAGUCCAUUUCCGGGUUGCUUUUGUAUCGGGUAUCUAGUAGGCGUCAAAUUUUCUAUUUGGUUUUUUGUAAAUGGAGUAAAAAAUAUACAUUGUGGUACAUAUCGUAUUACAUCCUGUGAAGAAGAAAGUUUCACGUGGAGCAUUAUAUGAGUUCUAUAUUUAUAAUCGAGUUACCUCUUAUCACACUCUGACCUAACUGUAUGUAUUCCGGGUUGGUCUUUGGUCCUUUUACUUCAACGCAAUCUGACAUUGUGAGGUUAAGAAAAAAAUCAUAGCCUGCUAACUUCCCCUGUACCACUCGAUUCCCAUUGAGCUCA